UAAUUUUAUUCUUGCUUAAAAUAAGUAAUUACCAAUUGUCACAUUACCAAGUUAACGUUUGUUCGUAAUAUUUUUUUAAUUUAUUAAAUCUCAUUAUUUGAUUUUUAAUUGUUAAUUUGUUCCUUUUAAUUUUAUUGCUUGUAUUUGAGUGUUAUUGCAAUGAACGGCGAGUGCAAGUUGGAUUACCGCGAAGCGGAUAUUACCCAUGCUGAACGAAUGAAAGAAGAAGCGAAUAUUCAUUUUUCUGCUAAACGUUAUGCUGAAGCUAUUGAUUGUUACUCUAAAGCUAUUACAAUGUGUGAAAGUUCAUCUACAAAACCGCAAAACUUUGCGGCUUAUUAUGCAAAUCGUAGCUUUGCUCAUUCCAAGACUGAAGCAUACGGUUACGCCUUAGCUGAUGCAUCUAAAGCUAUACAACUUGAUCCCAAAUACUUAAAAGGAUAUUAUCGAAGAGCAACAGCGUACAUGUCACUUGGUAAAUUUAAGGAAGCAUUGAGAGAUUAUGAAGUGGUUGUAAAGGCGUUACCCAACGACAAGGAUGCUAAUCGUAAAUAUACGGAAUGUAAUAAAAUGGUUAAAAGACUGGCCUUUGAAAAAGCUAUAUCUGUAGAAGACUCUAAAAGCGUUUCAGAACAAAUAGAUAUUGAAUCUAUGUCCAUUGAAGAUGAUUAUAAUGGUCCAUGUUUAGAGAAUGAUAAAGUCACUCUAGAUUUCAUGAAGGAACUUAUUAAAACUUACAGAGAACAGGGUAAGUUACAUAAAAAAUAUGCCUACAAAAUAUUGUUAGAUGUUAAAAAAUAUUUAGAAAAACAACCUACUCUCGUUCAUAUAAACAUUAAGGCUGAUGAGAAAUUUACUGUGUGUGGCGAUAUUCAUGGUCAAUAUUAUGAUUUAUUGAAUAUAUUUGAAUUGAAUGGAUUACCUUCAGACACAAAUCCAUAUUUGUUCAAUGGUGAUUUUGUUGAUCGAGGAUCAUUUUCAGUUGAAUGUAUUUUUACUUUGUUUGGAUUUAAACUUCUUUUCCCUGAUAAAUUCUUUAUGUCUCGUGGAAACCAUGAAAGUGUAACUAUGAAUAGAAUGUAUGGAUUUGAAGGUGAAGUUAAGUCUAAAUAUUCAGUUGAAAUGGCUAACCUCUUUACAGAAGUAUAUAAUUGGCUUCCACUUGCACAUUGCAUCAACAAACGUGUCUUAGUUAUGCAUGGUGGUUUGUUUUCAAAAGAUGAUGUUACAUUGAAAGAUAUUGAAAAUAUUUACCGAAAUAGGCAACCACCAGAAGAAGGACUAAUGUGUGAUAUAUUAUGGUCAGAUCCUCAAGACGCUCCAGGACGUUCUUCGAGUAAACGUGGUGUUGGAGUACAAUUUGGGCCAGAUGUCACCAAAAAAUUUAUCGAACUGAACAACUUGGAUUACAUUAUUCGUAGUCAUGAAGUUAAAGCUAACGGGUAUGAAGAAGCACAUGAUUCCAAAUGUAUAACUGUGUUUUCUGCUCCAAAUUAUUGUGAUACAAUGGGUAACAAAGGAGCUUUUAUCACACUUGAAGGACAUUGUCUUAAGCCAAAGUUUACUACUUAUACAGCUGUACCACAUCCACCAGUGAAGCCUUUAAUGUAUGCAAACUCUUUAGUAAACUUGUUUUGUUAGCCAAAUGAAAUUUUUUUUGUAAUUUAUAUACAAGUUAUUCUUGUUGAUUUGUUUGCCUUACACAAAAUAAAAUACAUUUUUGUAAUUA